GUUAUUCUGAAGCUAUACGGAAGUUUACAUUUAUUAUUUAGUUAUAAAGUUGUUGUAAUCGCUAGUUCUUCGAGUCGCUUGCACUGAAACUUGGACGGAACAGUACUAUGGGAGAUUUGCAACAAACUUAUGAUCAAAUUAAGAAAGCUGGGAAAAAUAGCGUGGACGGCAUAAUAAUGUGGCUGCAAGAAUCAAAAAUCAUCGACAAAGCAAAAGGCAGCGAGGACAAAGUACGAAAAUAUUUCGAUGACGCCGCAAAUAAAAGUGAAAUAACCGCUGAAAAGUUCAAACAGGCUGUGGGAGAAAUAGCCAAGGAACAGAAAAAAAAUGUGGAAGAGCUAUCCAAGAAAUUAGCGGAGCAUGGGUCUACGUUGAUGAAUGCUUUGCAAGCGGGCGCCCAAGCGGCGGCGGUUGCGUUUAAAGAAAGCAUGGACAAAAAAAAAUAACGUCGUAUAAGUAUAUCGUAUUUUGGUAUUCAUAUCAUUGGAGCGGAGCUAUCAAAAUUGCUAGGUACAAAGUUAUCUGUGUAUGACUCUACUAAGUAGUUACUUGGGUUUUUUUUUAUAGAUACCUACUGUUUUCU